CCCUGUUCACAUUCAAGCUCUCUACCCUACUAGUCCACCCAACAGCGUAAUCUGGGGAGUGGAAGUGAAGUAAAGUUGAAAGAAAAGUGAGCGAAGUUGCAGCUUUAGCCAAUCGAUAGUAUUACCCACCAAAUUGAGGCGACAAGCUACUUCUUCGUGCUUCUUGGAAUUCUCUUCCCUCUUUCUGACGACAAAUUCAUAUCGUAAGCACGAACAGAUUGGCAAACCCAAAAAACUAUAAAGCCUAGCGACCAUGCCAAAAGGUCAGCCUUCAGGAGAUCGUAUUGUCUGGGAUGAUGCCAACGAGAAACACCUCCUUCUUUGUAUCCUCGCCGAGGCAAACCCAGCAAAGCUUGACUGGACUCGCAUCGCUUCGAAUUUCGGCAAAAAUCUGAGCUCAAGUGCUGCCAGUCAAAAAUACGCCAAAAUUAAAACUCGUGAUCGGCAGCUUUUCGAAGGAGGCGGAGCCACUGGGGCAACGUCCUCUAGUGGCAAGAAAAUCACGGCAACGAAUACCAAAGCUACGCCGACGGUCACCAAUAAACGCAGCAGCAAUGGCGGAUUCAAGAACCCCGCCGCUUAUAGCGAGGAAGCCGAUAACGACAAACUCAUGAGGAGCCCAAGCAAGAAAUUUAAGAUAAAGGAAGAAGUUUGUGCGGAGACUUGUAGUGUUUUAUAUGACGAGGUUUAGACAUUGAUAUCAUGUUCGGAAGAGUGGUCGAAUGACGACCAAAAUACGUCGCCGGUCAAAGGUUCUUCCGGUGUGCGCUAUGCGUCUCUAAAUAUCUUGACGCAUCGGUAAAGUCGGCGGUAUCUAGUCUGCUCAAGUCAUUUGAGCAGAAUUGCUGCCCUUUGACAUGAUACAUUAAUCAUCCAUGAGCUCCCUAUUAAAAAAUCUCCAGAUCUGUCUUCCGGCAUCCCUCCCCACCAAUUGGUCCAGUUCUCCAUCUUCAGCGUUUGCCAGCUCUUGUAUGUUUCUAACUUCCAAACUCAGCCU